AUGACGGAAAUUGAAUUUGGGCAACCCCUUCCCAGCAAUCUAGACUAUGCUGUUUCUUUUGGCAUUCCUACAUGGGAUUCGGCAAUAGGCUAUGCGGAAAAGGUGCCAGAGGUAAUAGGCAAAAUGGCUACAGGAUAUCCGAGGUACUUUCCUCAACCCCCCGUCCAGAGGCUUUGUGCUUACUUUGUUAAGAAAUUUGGGCGAGGUUCAGAAAACUGUCGUCCUUUUCCAUCCGUUAACCUGGGUUUAAAGUGUUUCGAGUACGUAAAAUCUGUCUCAGGACCUGAAAGUAAAGCUCACCUUGAAGUGGAAACAGUUACGAUUAAAAACCGUGGGGCAAAAACGUCGAAAGAACCGGCGGAAUUGGUGCUAACCAUUGCUGCUGUCCUUGCAUCGGAGGAAGAGUUCGAGACUGUGAAAGAGUAUUGGAAAUUAAGAGGUGAAUGUGUAUCUAGUCGAUUGGCGUUGUCUGUCAACCAACUUCUUGACUGCGCUAAUCAUGGCUCAGAGCAGGUAUUGCGUGAGCUAGAGGCUGGUGUUUUUGCAGCAAAGAAGGGGGAGGAGAAAGCAAAGAACCUGAUAAAGGGAAGGAUAGUUGAGAAUCGCUUCAGGCCCUUUGGUUUGGAGAAGAAAACCCCGAAUUGGGAGGGACUCAACCUCAACCCAAAUGAAGACGUUUAUCUUGUAUCAAGUGGCAUGUCUGCAAUAUCUACGGCUCGUAAUUUACUCACCUUUUGGGAGGAGAAGAAGAAUUCAGGAGAUUCAUUAAACAAGACCACCUCUGACCAAAAGAAAAAGCCAUUAUUAUGUGACACUGUUGGCAUCUUCGGCUUCCCUUUCAAAGAUACGCAGGUCAUUAUGACUAAAUUUGGAAAAUGUAAAUUUUUUGGAUUUGGAAAUUCUAGAGACGUUGUCGAAUUACAAAAGUUUUUAGAAACAAGCAAACAACGCAUUCUUGCCGUUUUCGUCGAGACACCUUCAAAUCCUCUGCUGAAUAUGCCGGAUUUGAAAAAAUUGAGGAGUUUGGCCGACCAGUAUGGCUUUUUUAUUGUAAUUGAUGAUACUAUUGGGGGCCUUAACGUUGACAUCUUGCCCUAUGCUGAUAUAGUCAGCACGUCCCUGACUAAGCUUUUCAAUGGUGCUAGUAAUGUAAUGGGCGGCUCUGUCGUUUUAAAUCCGAAAUCAUCUCUGUAUCCAUAUGCUCGUGAGUACUUCAGGAGCGCUAAUUUCGAGGAUUUGUUAUGGUGUGAAGAUGCGAUAGUUUUAGAACGUAAUUCCAGGGAUUUUGAAGAUAGAACUUUACGUGCUAAUGCAAACACAGGAAUAUUGUUGAAUGAUUUGCUUUUACCCGAGGAGGGGAAAAUAUGCAAAAAGAUUUAUUAUCCAACUGUUACUUCUAAGGAGACCUUUGAGAACUACGAAAGUGUACGUAAUGAACGUGGUGGCUAUGGAUGCUUGUUCUCUGUAGCCUUUUUCAAUGAGGGCGAUGCAAAAGCAUUCUAUGACUCUUUAAAGGUAUUCAAGGGACCUUCUAAUGGUACUAACUUUACCUUAGCAUGUCCAUAUGUCCAUCUGGCGCACCACUCAGAAUUAGAAGAAGUUUCCAAGUUUGGGGCCGACCCCAACAUUAUUAGAGUAAGCGUAGGUUUAGAAGAUAUCCAGUGGUUAUUGAAAGUUUUUUCAAGUGCUUUAGAUGUUGUGAAAAGCAGAGGCUCCAAACACUCAUGA